AUGUCGUUUGAUCCACAGAAGGCAAUCAAGGAACAAGCGGAAGCCAAAAGAUCUCAGAGCUGGUUCUUGACAAAAGCUCAUGAAUUUACCCAAGCACACAAUCGACUGAAACACACGGUUCAUACGGCCUGGAGAUAUCCAUUGCCACCCUGGGGAAGGUUCCUCAUGGGCUGCUUUUACUUUUCCAUUCCUGUCACAGGAGGCUACUAUUUAAUGUCAAAGACAGUUUCCAAAUCGGAAGAAACUAUGCAUCAACGACUUGGAAGCGGAGUGGACGGAGAAGGAGGGAAGAUACAAGGUAUUGGACAGCACGCAGUCAUCAAGGAUCAAUCAGGGGAACGGGUAGAAAAGGUUGGCGCUGGAGGUUGGGGCGGGGGUGUCCAUCUUGCCAACAGUGAUGAACGGACACAGGAUGUCAACCGGAUAAACUUGGAGAGAUUCCUCAGAAAGCAACGAAAGUUAAAAGCCAAGAGAGAACGAGAAGCACAAAAGAAAGUAGAAGAGGCAUAA